AUGAGUUUAUAAUAAUAAUUACAAUAAGCUUUUUUCGAAUAAUAAAUCUCUGGACAUUCUAUAUUUAUUAAACUUAAUGAUGGCGAAUUUGUGGCUAAGUCCUACUCAAUAGAAAACAAUAAUGAAUAAAAUUUUUAUGAAUGGAUUCAGCAAAUAGACGGAUACUAAGAGUUCUUCUCUCAAUAUAACGGUGUCGUAAUCCUAGAGAAAAGCCAGCAACUAUCAAAUUAGCAAACAAUCAACUCUUAAUAACAAUGGUUAAAUUCUCUCAUUUCUAAGAGAUAUAAUCCAAAUAAUACUAAAUAUUUGUUACUUGAAAACCUGACAUAAAAUUCAUAGAACUUGAGAAUUCUGGACUUAAAAUUAGGUUACACAGUUCACAAAGAGUCGCAUGUAUAGCGUUAUGAAAAUUCAACGUCCUCUAAAAUAGGGCUAAGGAUUUGCGGAAUGAAGAUACAAGAAAAUAAUGAAUUAGUAAUAUUUAAGGAUAAGCAUUGGGGUAGAACCAUUUCUGUAGAAGAAUUAGUUGAGUCACUUAAGACAUUUUUUAAUCUUAAAAAUAGAAAUAGUAAGUUAAGUUUUAAAUUAGAAAUCUUGAAAGAAGCCAUAGAUAAGAUAGAAUCCCUAAAGCAAUUCAUUACUAAUCAUUGUAAAUAAGUGAUCUCGUGGUAAGGUACAAGUUUGUUGCUGAUUUAUCGUGAUGAUAAUGAUUUUAAAAUUAAACUGAUUGACUUUUCAAAUACUAAGGUGGAUCCAGAAUCUACUGAGAUUAAUGCAGAGAUCAUCAAAGCCUUAAACAGUCUGUAGGAUAUAAUUAAACAAAUUUGAUAUUUGAUUGUUAUAAUAAAUUUGCAGUUUUCUAUAGGAAUUGAUAAAUAUAAAAGAAAA